AUGUCACCUAAUAAAGUUUGGGGACAGCUGUAUCCUCACUGCGGAACAUUCCCUCGGUUAGCCUUGUCUACAGACUCCUUCAAGCUUGGUCGAGGCAGAUCUAUGGACUACGUUAUCAGAGAGUCUGAUAUGGGAAGUGCUAAAUGGUUGACUGCCGUGAGUAAAGUACAAUGUGAGAUAAUUAAAUCAGGAACAGAAGUUUUUGUCAGAGAUCAUAGCUCCAAUGGAACCUGGUUAAACGGAAAGAAAAUUGGGAAGAAUAACAUGAGACCUCUGGAACAUGAUUCAGAACUCUGUUUCUCCGCCGUCAAUAAGAAGGUUUUCGUAUUCCGUUCAAUGUCAGCCCUUAGAGAUCAGUUCCCAUCCCAGCUCACAGAUAAAUAUACAGUUAGCAAGGUAGGAACAAAAAUUAAGAUCUGCUAUCCCUCCCUCGUCCAUCUUACUUAACAUCCUUUCCUACCC